GCCUUUUUUUGCCAUUUGGUUGUAUCAUUGUUUUGUGACCUUUUGUAUUAGUGAUGGCUCAGAUGAAUAUGGCGGCUAUGAUAUAGAGAUGGUCGGGUUUCAAUUUUUUCGAACCCGAACCCGACCCGAACCCGAGAGCUUGAAAAUUGAAAAACCCGAACCCGACCCGAGCCCGACAUUAAAAAAAUUGAAAAACCCGCACCCGACCCGAGCCCGAAAAUUUUAAAAUUAGAAAACCCGGACCCGACCCGUACCCGAGAAUGAAAAUUUUAUAAAACCCGAACCCGACCCGACCCCGAGAAUUUUAAAAUUUGAAAACACGAACCCGACCCGAACCCGAAAAUUUUUAAUUUGAGAAACCCGAUCCGAACCCAACUUGCUAGUACGGAGAAUCCUCCAAAGAUCUCAAAGAUUUUUAAUUUUAGACACCCUAGCUCAUCUUCGAGUAGUAGAAUCACUCGAAUUUGAAGUAGCACCAUACGCGUUGAGUUAUAUCUGCCUAUGGCAAAACGAAUCACUGGCGAGUAGAAUCCGCAUAUUUAUUUGCUAUUAUUGAAUGUCGAAUUUGUAAUGUUAUGAGAAACUUACAAAUCGUCGAUAUCUUAACCGGAAAGUAGGAUAAAUCGGUGGCUAACUCAUGGGGAAGCAAAAAACUUAAUGGUGACAGUUUCAAACUACCUUGCCCGUACCUAAUCAAAAUUUCUAAUUUUGUAUCAAAAACCAUUCCUGCAAGGCAGUUUUAUAUGAUUUAUCACAUGUAUUAAAUUAGCUAUGGUAAUAGGCCACAGCAGUACCACCAAAUUUGUGAUUUCAAUAUAUGGAAAUUGAUAAAUCGUCCCCGGGUACAACGCCCUUUUUUGUCAAUGGUUGAAAAGCAUCUCGUGGAUCGCAACUAUGCCAAAAAUAUAAAUCGUGCUGCAUUAAAAUUUAAUUACCAUUUUAUUUUAUAUUUUCGUUUAAAAUAUACAUUGGCAAAUCUUAUCCCUAGAAUGGUUUUGUGGGGUACAUUUGUACCCCAGAGCUAUUUGCACUCAUUGUUAUUCCGCCACAGUUUAUUUUAACUGCAAGCAAUCUUUAUCAUCAAUCAAUUUUAUUAUUAUUAAACUUCCAUUAAAGCAGGUACAACCUAUUUGUUGCAUUUGACCAACUUAACAGUACCCGCUUAAAGUUUGUUAAAGUACAAAACCGUUUACGUAAAUGUUUUGUCAUGUGUACAUAAUCCCGAAAACAUUAUAUCUUUUUUAAAAGCUAAACAUCGAUACAUAGUAAGCGAGAAACUUGUGUAAAAUUUUAUGUUUUAGAAUAAAACUAUCCAAUUUAAUUAUAAAUUUAAUAAAAAUUAGGCAUAUUAGAGCGACUGUAGUUCUGGGGUACGAAUGUAUCCCAAAAAACCGGUUACUUAGAGAAAAAAUCAUGAAACCGUUGUAGGGUUAGUGGACAAUUAUUAUUCAAUAUAGCCACCAUACUACCAUCUCUCUGUCAAUACGACCAAUCAGGAGCGGAUCAAUAGAUUGGUGUUUAUUAUUUCUACUUCCCGUAGAUUUCUAGUCGCUUUGCUUUAGAUACAAUUUGCUGUACACUUCAGCCGAGUUUUACGCGUUUACUCAGACCGCGGCCUACGUAUCGGUUUUAAAGUACCUGUCGAAAUUAAUAUUUUGAAACAGAAAGUUGAACCAAUAUUUUCCGAUAAAUUCCUAUUAACUUGAUUUAUUACUAAUUAUCAUAAAAAAUAAAUCGCUGAGAUUUUAGAUGUGAAACACGUAUUGUUGAAUGAUCUCUCAUGAAUAUUCUUUUAAAAAUUAAAAUACGACGAAUUCUAGCGAUUUAAAAGUCUUCCAUUCGUAUCACGAAGUAUAAAAAGAGACUGGGUUUUGUACAUAGACGCAAACAGCGUCAAGAAAUGGUUGGGUAGUUUUGUUCAAAACCCGAACCCGACCCGACCCCGACAAUUUCUAAUUUGAAAACCCGAACCCGACCCGAGCCCAAAAGUUCAAAAUUUUAAAAACCCGGACCCGACCCGAGCCCGAGAAUUUCAAAUUUGAAAACCCGGAACCCGACCCGAACCCGAGAAGCUUAAAUUUAUAGAACCCGAACCCGACCCGAAACCCGUCGGGUUUGGGUCGGGUCCGGGUUUCGGGUCUAAAGACCCGAACCCGACCAUCUCUACUAUGAUAGAGCCAUACCGCCAAGGAGCAUCCUUUUCCGAUUGGGUGGAACGUCUUGGUUACUUUUUCGCUAUGAGCAAUGUGGCGGAGGAUGCAAAGAAAUCCCAUUUCAUAACCCUUAGCGGGCCAUCGGUGUUCUCGGAACUUAAAUUGCUUUUUCCAAAUGCUAGUCUAACCGAUAUUUCAUACGAAAUUAUGAUUGAAAAACUUAAAGCAAGGUUUGACAAAGUUGAAUCUGAUAUUAUACAGAGAUUUAAAUUUAAUAAUCGGAAGCAACAUCCUGAUGAGUUUGCGGAGGAUUUUGUCCUUGCGAUAAAACUUCAGGCAGAAUUUUGCAAUUUUAAAAAUUUCAAGCAUGAAGCGAUUCGGGAACGUAUUGUUGCUGGUCUGAGGGAUGAAGCCCUUCAGCAGCGUUUGUUGAAUGAACAAAAUUUAACCCUUGAAUCGGCAGAAAAAUUAUUUGCUACUUGGGAGAUGGCAGGGGCCAACGCUAGAUCUUUGGGAAUCGGUGUCAAUGCUGGUCAGAUUGCUUCUUUUAAUAAUGACUUUAAGAGGCCGCGCCCUUCCACUCUUGAAAAACUUGCUAAAACGUUGGCAAAUGCUAAGGCGGGUGAUCGACCUUCUCGACCUGCAGGAACCAGACAAUCGGUAAAAACCCGAUUGGGAUUUCAACCAUAUUACUACAAUGGAGAACAGGAGGACAAGCAUAAAAAUUUUGCAGGUUUUCGCCCGGCUGAAUGGAGGGCUGGACAGGAUCGCUAUCGUAGCGAGAGUCGUGUCUGCGACUUCUGCGGAAUAAGAGGACAUUUGAAGAGAAAAUGUUUCAAAUUGAAAAAUCUACGCAGGGAUACGGUUCAAUUCGUAGAUUCUAAAGCAGGACCAAGCAGUUUAAGUGAGCUGUUCAACCGUUUGGAAACGAAUGCUUCGGACGAUGAUGACGAUAACGACAGGAAUGAUUCAGAUUCUUGUUGGAAGCGUCGUGGUCGUAGCCCAUCGAACGCAACUGCGUGUAGUCAAGGAGGGUGUUGAGAUAGCACGACCGAAUGUUGUUAUUUCCGCAUCAACGCAGCAUCCUAUAAUGGCUCCAGUGCAGGAAGACAGCGAACUGGAGUUCAGGGGAUUCCCUGAGAUCGAAACGAGAAGAGGAACAAAAAGGAAAACCGAAGCGGUGAACUCACCACUUCGACAACUCAGGCGUUCUAAGAGAAUGAGGACUAAAAAGGUGGAUAAUGUUUUCGUCUACGAAAAAAAAUUAAGUUGAAUUUAAUAGUAAUGAAUUAUAGAAAAGCUAAGUUAAAUGCUAAAAUAUAGUUAAGUUCAAAACAAAAAUAGGAUAAGAAACAAAAUUAUACUAUGAGUUAUAAGAAAGUUGAUUAAUAUCAAUUUCGGAUUCUAUAUAGCUGAAUGUUUUCAGUUUUCGAAUUUUAAUUGAAUUGCAUUUUCGUUAGGGGGAAGAGCUGUUACAUCAGCAACAUUAAGUUGCUUUUUCGUACAGUGUAACAAAAACUGUUAUACAAUGUUUUUACUAUAAAACAUGUCUAAAUGAAUUUACGGUGUUCACUGACACCAAUACCAAUUCAGACCUAGCUUAAAAGCAUCUAGAAAAUAUAGAGCUGGUCUCAGUUUACUAUCAACUUAC